CCACAAACCCACAGUUUUUACCUUUACAACGAUUCAAACAAAAAUUAAAGUUGAUGUAUCAACAUUAUUCGCAUUAACCUAUCAUUUUCCAUGAUUUGAUAUUGACAGUGAAACUGUGUGUACAUGUUUGGUAUAUUUAUUAAAUUUCACAUGAAACGCGAUAUUGGCUUGGGUUACGCUACGAAUUUGUAUAGUAACAUGGAGGAACAUAAGUGCUUGCAACAAAAUUUAUUAAGUUGUACCUUGCAUGAGGCGUAAAAGUGAGAGAAACAAGGGAAAAUCUUCACCAGAGAAGAAAGCAGAGAAACCGACACGUAAGUCUGCUAGAAGACGAGCCAAAAGAUCACCCUCAUCAUCACCAGAACGAGACACAGUUGAGGAUAAACCAUUGAACAGUCCUUGCACCAAAGAGAAGGCUAAUGAAAAGGAAUCUACAAUACAGACUCGAUUACAGUCAAAAGAAAUAGGAGAUAAUACAAUGGAUGAGACAAAGAUUGCAAGUACCGGAGAGUCAUCUGCAGCUGCUGAGAAAACCCCAGAGGAAGAAGAUGGCAAAUCAGUCUGGAAAGUGGCUAGAGCGGAUGCCUCGCCAGGGGAGAUACAGAAGCUUAAGCUAUGUAGACAGCGCAAUACAUCGGAGACAUCAGAGAACUCUGUAACCAGGAAAAGAUCGAACAAGUGGCAAGAAAGUGGUGUAGGUGAGGAGGAGGAGGUUGACUCUUCCAAUGAGCGACCGGGUCCUCGUGAGAGGUCAUCCAGUGGCAAUAGAAAGGUCGAGGAGCCCUCCUCUUCACACCCAGGUCAGGAUUCCAACGAAGAGGUAAGUGCUAGGAAGGAGAUCCUGUCCGAGACCACUUCAGCCAACUUGUCUGAUGCUAAACCAAACAUAGAUCGGCAAGGCGAUACGAAUGAGGCAGGUACCGCCGAGCUAAGCAUUGAUCGCGAACAGUCGCCAAAUGCGAACAACGAGACCAUAGACCCAAAUUCGAUUGGAGGUACUCCUAAGGAGCCGAUGCCACAAGUGGAGAAAACAUCAGAUGUGGAACCCAGCAUAGUUGAAGAGAAUCAGAGCAAGACAGAACAAGAGGACAAUUUGCGCAAACAGUCAAGUAGUGACGAUGAGAAGGUCGAGGAAAAUCGCGCUGAUUCGUCGCCGAAUUCCGGCGCAGAAUCAGAAAGCAAAACGACUACAGCGAGAUCAUCUCCAAGAACACCCUCGCGCGCUGGUCGUAGAAAGCAUCGCAAUAAGUAUCACGACUCCUCUAAUUCCGACACACCGGACUCAGAAGAUGAGACCUCAAGUGAGCGGAAACGAAAAGAGUCUGAGACUCGCGAGGAUAAACAGGAUGUUGAGGAUACAUAUAAGGACAGAACUUCUUCAUCGCCUGAACACAGACUCGAUGCAUCCAUUACUAAUAACAAUGCCGACAUGGAAACAGAACCAUUUGAUAAUAAUAAAGAGAAGUCAGACAUGCAAGUUGAUAAACAAGAGGACAUGGUUCGUCCAGAAAUCCAGGCGCCGCUAAAGCCUGUAAAAGUCAACUUGAAGAGAUCAUUUUCUGCAAGAAUAUCAGUGGAUGCUGAAUUAAAGAAGGAAGACAACGAUAGUAACGUCGACAAUGAUUCAGCAACUCAAAACAAGGAGAACAAUGCUGUAAGUGAUCAAUCCGAUGGAAAGUGUAUUCCUCGUAAGCGUCGUUGGGGUACGUCAAUUUCUACUGAUGUGGCUCCAGCAUUUUCAGUUUCCACAGAAUCCUUGAAGGCACUAGUACCAGGUGCGAAACCACUACCUAUAAACGAGGUACGUUUGUCUAAGGAUGACAAUGAAGACAGAGAACGUCGCAAGGAUCGUGACAAACGUCAUAUGUCUGUAGACAGCGUUGGCGACUAUAAAAUUCGUGAAGAUGGCACUCAGCAGAAGAGUGAAGCCACGAAGAAGAGUGAUUCGAAGAUGGAAAAUCAUAUAGCAGCCAGACGAAAAAUAUCUAUCGUAAAAGAUGCACCACUAACAAAGUCGCCGAGUCCUCCAGCAUGUAUACCAACUAGUAUACUCCUGAUAAAGAACCUCGUACGACCAUUCACCUUAAAUCAGAUCAAGGAACUUCUUUCACGUACUGGAACAAUCAUCGAGAAUGGUUUCUGGAUGGACAGAAUUAAAUCCAAGUGUUUUGUAGAGUAUGCUAAUGAGGAUCAGGCCUUCGAAACCAGGCAAGCUCUUCACGGUAUAUCCUGGCCAGUUUCCAAUCCUAAGAGACUACACGUCGAAUAUGCAAACAAGGAGGACAUGGAAGCGGCGCGCGAAUCGUCCAAAGAUCAGCCACUAUCUCGCAAAACUGAGCCAUUACAAUCAGCAGAUACUUGGCAGCAGGAUUGGAAUCGUGAUGAAAAGACAAAUGCCAAUACUAAGGUGAUGGUUGUACGUGAAUGGGAUUUAGGGAAAGAAGACGGUCAGCAGCAUCUCAAAGAGAAGGAACGUGAAAAGAAGGAAGCCGAAAAGAAGAGAAGACAGAGAAGUCGAAGCCCCACGCUGGAGGCUCAUCUCCCAGCACCUGCACGUAAAUUUAAGAAGAAAGAGGAUGAUCCUCCUCCGGCGAAGCUUCUAGAUGAUCUCUUUAGGAAAACUAAGGCUACUCCGUGCAUAUACUGGUUGCCUCUGACCAACGAGCAGAUCGUCGUCAAAGAAGAAAUGAGAAGGCAACACAUGGCUGAACACGCUCGCAGACUUGAGGAGAUGAGGCGCGUUGAGAGAAAUAGGGAUGGUGGUCGUCGUCGUCGUAGCCCUCGAAAAUAAAUGGAAAGAAACAAGACAGAACACUCACACACACAUGCAAAAUAUCCCUCUAUCAUUACAGAAUAUAAUAUCCACCGUCACGAGGAAACGUAUUUCAGAAAAGACGUCUGAAAGACCCUGACACCAAUUGCGAAACGAAUGUGCAGACUGUCUCGGGAAGAUUGACGACACAAAACGGACAAUGACGCAUUGGACAAAAGAGUGACGAUGACAAACGUGUUACUGAUUGUUCAAAAAAUUUAAAAAGUUAUUUAAUCAAGUACUUGGCAAAAAACUAAUUCUUUCCACUUUUCUUGUUUUGUGUUCUUUUCAUAUUAAUUGUCAAAUCGUUUUAAAUUUAAACGAAAUACAAUGCUCCUAUUUUAUGUUUAACGAGGAUCAAUUUCCUCAUUCUAUAAUAGAAAAACUAAGUCGUUUUUUAAUUCGUUUUAAAUCAUUUUUGUUCUGUAUCAUCGACAUGCUAUUUUGACAGUGCGAACAAUAUUCUCGUGAAUUCCCUAUCCUGUACAUCAAACACAUCCCAUCCUCGUUUUUUUUUUCAGGAUUAAAGUAUUUCUUCCAGGUCAACAAUUUUUGCCAUUUGGUGGGUUGGAACUAAGUGAAAUACUAGAUCUCACGCGAGACUGUCUUAUCGUGGACUACGUAUGCGGUGAACUUCGAUGAUAAUGCGUUAUGUGCUUACGCAUUUUUAUUUCGCCUUGAAAAUUUCCUCUACGAGAUACUACAAGGAUGAAAAAUUACAGGGGGAAAAAGGCAAAGGAUGAUUUCUUUUGAAAGUUCAAAUAAGUAGAGAAAUAGCAAGAACAAUCUGCGAGUGAAAGAUGAAACAUGAAAAACGCUGUGUGCGCGCAGCUCAACGCGAGUGUCUUCUGAUUAAAUUCAACGUACUGUAGGACAUUUUGAUUAAAAAUAAAAACAGCGUUAAAAGGAAACAAAACUGAAAGAGAAUUGAGAAUCCUGUUCAACAAUAACCGGUAAAAAAUUUGUACUGAGAAAUUGCCGUGGUUAGUAAUGUUUCACGUUGUUCAACCUUUUCUUUUAAAAAAAAAAAAGUAUAUGUAUUCUGUACUUGAUUGUUUCCCUUGAUGACAAAAUGUCAAGGAACAAUGGUGACACGAAAUUUUGAACGACUUUUCGUAUUUUCAUUUACGUGAGACGAUCGAUCGAAGCAACGCUACAAUUAUUUGAGUUAUAAUCCACGCAUAGACAUCGCACUGCAAAUGAUAUCUUGCGAUGAGUAGACGUUAUACCACUAUUAUCGAUAACAAUAAUAUAAUCCAAGAACAAAGAAAAUUAAAUUGUAUAUUCACGUAUUGAUUUCACGAAUGCCUACCAAAAUAAUUGGGUGGCUCAAUUAGAAUGUGAUUCUCUUAGAAAAGGCAUAUUAAUUAACAUGUCCAUGUCUACUGCACGAAACCAUCCCUUUGUAUAUAUAAAAAGAGCUACUAUUCGGUAUUCCACGAACAAUAAAAAAUACAGAUGUGAUGUGUAAAAUGAUCAAUAAAUCAUACAAAAGCUCGAGUAA